AUGGCGGUUCCUCUCUCUGUACAGCACCUGCUGGACGUGAAGUCUCUGAGGUACCUGAGUAGUGUGACCCUACACGACCGCAUCACCAAGUCCCUCCUCCACCUGCACAAGAAGAAGAAACCGCCCAGCAUCAGCGCCCAGUUCCAGGUAAGACUCAGUUUCUUGCUCGCCCUCUAGAAGUCUUUCAUCUCUUCCCAGCCGUGACACCAAUGCCCAAAUCCAAACUCCAACACUCAGCUCCUACAUAUUUUGAGGCACUUUGUGUAGAUCUUAAAGAAUUGGACAGGUGUCAAAAUAUAUGUAUAUAAAUGAAACAUUUACUUAAAGUGCAUUUCUCAAAAAAUGGCACAGGAAUUAUCUCAGAUCUGCAUCAUGUGUAGUGGGCAAGAGGUUGAUUUGGAAUUAACAUGAAUCUACUAUAAUAAAUAACAUGAGCUUUAAUAAUGCCAGGUUUUAUGCAAUUUAUUGUGAGAUGUUAAUUAUGAGAUGCCAAUAUGAUGGGAUGCUAAUGCUUGUUGUGUUAAUUCAUUGCUGUGCUAAUGAGCUAAUGCUAAUUGUCUCUUGCUGUGUGAAGGCCUCCCUGAACAAGCUGAUGGAGACCCUGGGUCAGUCGGAGCCCUACUUUGUCAAGUGUGUCCGCUCCAAUGCAGAGAAGGUAUGUUCAGCUAACAGCUACUGUAGUUACAGCUACUUCAGUUUGGUUAGAUGCUAAUGUAACUACUGACAAGCUCCACUGAACAAUGAAACCACUGGACAAACCAAUGUCUGGUAAUUGCAUAGCCCGUUAUAGUCAAUUAUACAAUGUUUUACUGUUAUUGGGUGAUUUUAAAUCUCUCUUUUUGUCUAUUGUACCUCUUCUUUCAUGCCUUUUAUUUCUGUCUCCUUCCUUCUUUCUUUGGAUAUUUCUCUCGCUCGCUCUCUAUCUCUUUCCUUCUCUCUUUCUCUCUUUCUCUCUCUCUCUCUCUCUCUCUCUCUCUCUCUGCUCUCUCUCUCUCUGCUCUCUCUCUGCUCUCUCUCUUCUCUCUCUCUUCUCUCUCUCUCUGCUCUCUCUCUCUCUCUCUCACUCAGCUCCCACUGCGUUUCAACGAUGCCCUGGUGCUCAGGCAGCUGAGGUACACAGGCAUGCUGGAGACCGUCCGCAUCCGCCAAUCAGGAUACGCCAUCAAAUACACCUUCCAGGUAAGCCCUCACCAACCAAUCAGGAUACAGCACUGUCAUUUGCACAGACAGAUACACACACCUGAUACACAACACUGUUUAUUACCUACCUUAGUUGAAUGCACUGACUGCAAUUCGCUCUAGAUAAGAGUAUCUGCUAAAUGACUUAAAUGUAAAAAGUACUGAUCAAUGGUCAUCAUUCUCAUCAUUCAGAGUCUCAAUGAACUGCAUGUAGAUUUGGUGAUGUCACAUCCAUGCACUUGUAAUGUAGUCAGUCUUAUUAACAGCUUGUAACUUUUAUCCCUUUGAGGUUACUAUUGAUAUGUUAUCUUUCGUCUUGUCAUUGCAGGACUUUGUUUGUCACUUCCGUGUGCUCUUACCAGACAGCACUAGACCAACCAAGUCUGGCAUCCGGGAGUUCUUUCGUCAGGUUCACCUAGCACCUGCUGGGUAUCAAGUGGGCAACACAAUGGUACGCAUUCUGGGGAUACCCCUUUUCUUUAGUUGUCUCUAUUUUUCUUUCUCAGUCUUCCCCCCCCACCCCCCCCCCCCCCCUCUCUCUCUCUCUCUCUCUCUCUCUCUCUCUCUCUCUCUCUCUCUCGCUUUGAUACACGGUUGCAUUGCGGCCGUUCUAUUCCUAUUGAAUUUCCCUGUGUGUCUGGUCACUUGUGGGUGUGUCUGGUCACUGACGGCACCCCCACCCCGUGUCUCUCUCUGUACUGCAGGUGUUCCUGCGCGAGGCGGAGCGGCAGCGGCUGCAGGCCCUGCUCCACACGGAGGUGUUACGGCGCAUCGUCACGCUGCAACGCCGCUUCCGAGCCCGGCUGGAGAGGAAACACUUCAUCAGGAUGAGACAGGCCGCCGAUGUCAUCCAGGUGAGACGACGAAGUCAGGGCACCACACCAAGUCGGUGUCCAGGGUUGUGUGCAUUAGGGCACACCAUAGCAAAAUAUUUUGCAGCGGAAAACAAAAUGAGCAUUUCUUAUUGGACAACUCUAAGUAGUCCCUCCCUGAAUGAACACGACCCUGUUACUGUACUGGCAUAACAGACUAAAGCAUGUGUGCACAUAACUUCCCUGCACAGCUUUACACUAAUUUUUUAGGAGUUUGUAGUAGUACCAUUCUACGUGACCCACAGACAUAGACAAUUGGUCGUAACCAGCUUAGGUUAUUGCGUAACUCUGGAGAGUAAGUAGAACAUCUCUUUGGAGUUGUGUAGUGACCCAGGGCAGUAGCCAGUAGGGACUCAGACCUGAGAAUCUCUACACUUCUCCUCAUGCUCCAUCUAUAAGGAAGAGGGGGAAAUUGCAGAAAUACAUUACAAACUUUUCUGGAAGCCAUAUUGUUUCUGGAAGAGAUACUUGGCUACAAGAAGAGACUCAGUCUGCUGUCCAAAUCAUUGUCAGAUUGAACAAAAACAAACCUAAUCCAUAUUUCUUACCUCGAAAGGAUUCUCAACACUACUCCAAAACUCUAAAACAGCUUACAUGCAAUUAAUUCUAACUUAAUGCAACGAUAUCACCCCAGUCAAUAAAUGUUCUCUGUUUUUACCAAAAAUAUGACUUUAUACUUGAAUUCACUUUGUUAAUUCAUAUUUCUUCAUUCUCUCCUCUCCAUAGCGGUGGUGGCGGGGCUGCCUGCUCGAACAGUUGGAGGCUGCAGUGGACCCAGCCGUCCAGGAGGAGGCAGCAGUGUGCCUGCAGGCAGCGUGGAAGGGCUACAGGGAGCGCAGGCUAUUCCUGCAGUGGCAGGACUCUGCCCUGAUAAUACAGAGGAGCUGGAGAAACAGCAGCCAGCGAAGGGCUCUGGCAGCCAUUACGGUGCAGACAGCCUGGCGGGCUUACAGAGAGAGAGCCCACUAUUGUAGGACACACAGUGCAGUGACAAUGCUACAGGCAGCGGGUAGGGGCUACCUGGCACGCCUAAGGUAA